AGCACCACUCACCGCUCCAGUACUAUAACCCCCCCUCAAGCCGCUGUCGAUCACAAAAGUGUGAAAGUACCAGCCCCAACUAUUGCCCGGACCAACCCAUUCAGCAUCCAGGUCCCGACAGGUCCGACAGAGAGUGCAAACGGAGCAAGGGGAAAGUCGCGCAGAGCUUUUAUAGCGUGGAUUGUUUUUGUCGUGUCUGUGGAUAGUUUGGACAUUUCUCUGCAAGUUUCUUUUCUUUUUUUUUUUUUAACCUUUUUAGAUAUUUUUUUACUGGAUCGAUCUCGGCACUCAAAUGGCAGUAUUUAGGAUUUCUUCGCACCUGUUUCUGCUGACGCUGUUCUGCGUCCUGGCCACUGCAUCGGUUACCGGGGAAGACGGUUUCCUCCAAACCUCAAGUAACCUUGUUGAGGACAUGCUCUCCCGGCAUAUGCUCAGACUGUACGAUAAAUAUAACAGGGAGAACCGCCUGAAAGAAGGAAACACUAUCAGGACUUUCAGAGCCAUCCAAGACCCUGCUGACCACAGGAUCAUGUACAGACUCAAUCUAACAAACCUUCAGGAAUCAGAGGACAUCCUCUCUGCAACAUUCCACUUCCUGCUAGAAAAGCACACACAUAUUAAACCCUGGUUCUGUAAACGCUUCAAGAGCCCGUCAUGCCACUCCACAUCAACACACCCUUCUUUGUCCAUCAGCUUGCAGUUUCGCUCCGUCUCCUCUGGGUCAGAGGUCAGAUAUGGACCGGUGGGGUCAUCUCUAGGUAAUGUGACCUUUUACCCCCACAGAAGAGGAGUGUGGCAGAUGAAAGAUGUGACCCAGAUAAUAAAGGAAGCUCGAGACAGGGGUCAGUUCUUGCUGUCACUGGAACUGGACUUUGGACAGCAGCACCAUAUUAAACGAGAGGAGAUUUUCUCUGCUGUCAGCAUGCCCUACUUGUUACUGUAUGCUAAUGACCAAGCUUUAGCUGAGCCCAACAGCGUUGCUGCCAGCCUUCAGAGAUAUGACCCAAUCAGUGAGGGAGCAGAACUCCUGCACAAGUCUUAUUCCUCACCUAGGCUGAAGGAACGCACAAGAAGAGAAGCAAAUCCACUCCCUGGCCCUAUUCAGAACAACGAGCUGCCAGAGGUCGACUACAGGCCCAGUGGAUACAGAAAAGAUGACCUGUGGGAGAACAACUGGCACCUUGCACUCAAACCGAAGUUUAAACCAAAGAAGAAGCACACGACAAGUACGAGCCAAAACGGAGGCAGAGAGGAACAACGCAAAGCUGAGCCUCCGACCUUCACAGAAGAAGAAAUAACAGCACAGCAGAUCAAAAUUGAUGGUUCAACUAAUAAAACCCUCAAAGUUGGUCUUAUGCCUUUUAUUGGUGACAGAGAGAAGAAUGAGCGAAGCAAAGGGGGAAAGAAUGGAGGAAAACUAAAGGGUAGGGCUAACACUCAAUCAUCUGUUCUGAGUUUUGAUGAACAAACAAUGCGGAAGGCUAGGAGACGGCAGUGGGGCCAUGACAGACGCUGUUCAAGGAGGAACCUCAGAGUAGAUUUUGCUGAUAUUGGCUGGAGUGAAUGGGUCAUUGCGCCCCUGUCGUUUGAUGCCUACUACUGUGCUGGUGCAUGUGGUUUUCCCAUGCCGCAGGUUACCAGGCCGUCUAACCACGCCACCAUCCAGAGCAUAGUGCGAGCUGUUGGAAUCAUCCCUGGGAUUCCCGAGCCCUGCUGUGUCCCAGAAAACAUGAGUCCCCUGGCUGUGCUCUUCCUGGAUGAAUCCAGGAACCUAGUGCUCAAGGUUUACCCCAACAUGUCCGUCCAGUCCUGCUCCUGCCGAUAGUACAGUGGUGAGGGAGGAACACAAAUAAGGGAGAAACUGUCAAAAGGUGUAAAAGUGACAGCUGUGCAUCAGUUAACUGUUUCCCUGAUGCUGGAAAAUGAUGUCACUCUGCCUUAAAAUAUUCCUUCAAGAAUAGGGGGUUUGUAGAGGAAUCGCCUCCAUCUCUUCUGUCGUGAAGAAGCAGAACUGAAUUUGUCUGGCAUCUGUGCUGGCAGGAGAACCACAUGUAAAGUCAGUGUUAUGCAUCUCUAUGAAGCCCUGUAGGUUCUUUGCUGAAAUGUGUUCAGUAGAAAAGAGCAUUUAAGGGAUGAUUUCCUUUUAAUAACAGAACGUUUUUAAAGACAGCUCAUGUGGUGUUUGUAGUUGUGUUUUACAAAGCAGUACAAAAGUAUUCAUACCUGUUGAACCUUUUAACAUUUUUUCACAUUAAAACCACAUACUUCAACGUAUUUUUAUAUGGCAGGCCAGGUUUUAAAUUUAUCAAAUAGAAAUAUGCAACGUGUGGGGCCCAUUUGUAUUCAACCCCUUUGAGUAAAUCAUUUGGAGAACCACCUUUAGGCCGCUACUAGCUUUGUACAUCUAGAGACAGAC